AUGUCUCGGUUUCGCUGCCUCUUUGGCCUUUUCGUUCUUGCUCUGAGCUCCCUGUCCUCAGGGGCACCAUUACCCGGCGGCGAGGAAUUGACCACCCCGAAGCUCGUCCUUCAUGAUGAAGAUGAAUUCUUCGCAGGCAACUCGAGCCCGCCCGAAAUGAACGAAUAUGAGAGAUCAUCGCCUGCAGCGGAUCCUCAACACAUCGACGAAACAUACUUGUCUCUCGUCAACGCCAGCCCGUACAUCUGGGCCAAGACAUACAUCCACCAAUACCAGAUGCCCCAAUGGGAGCAAGACCUCCCUCAGUUCAUAUACCCAGGAGAAUCAAUCUCCAUCCUCAUCCAGCCAACACACGGAGCCGGUAACUGGGCCGAUUCUGCUGCCGAGGUCGAGUACGCCCUCAGGGGCACCUCCGAGCCCAUGUCCUUCAUGGUCAAGUUCAACAACAGGGGCUCCAGCUUCCUCAAAGUCGAGUACCGCGGCGCAUUGUCCUCGACGAACAACGCCAGGGGCAGCGUCCACAACCUAGGCAUCAACAUGUACCCCGGCGGCUCGGCUUUUAUUCUCGCCGGACAGGAGGGCGAGUUCAUCGCCAACGACCCGCCCAUCGGCUGGAUGCAGACGUUGCUCCCCCAUCUUGAGAAGAAGCAGCUCCGGGAGAUUAUCCUCCCCAGAUCUCAUCACUCCGGGCUCUGGGGGCACUUCCAGAAGAUCGGCCUCGCUACACCGGCCAACGCCCAGACACAGACGGUCCAGCUCAACGAUCAGCUCGGCGACGGUGGCAUCCGAGUGAUUGACUUUCGGCCCCUGAGAACAAAAGACGGCUAUCGCGAGGUUCAUGGGACCCGCAUUCUCGAUCUUUUCCACGGCGUCAUGGGAACUUCCCUCCAGGACAUGAUCAAGAUUGUCAACGACUUCAACCGCCAGAACCCCGGCGAGCUCAUCAUCUGGGACGUCCACGGCUCCCAAGGAUGGAACGCCGAGAGCGACUAUCGCCCUCUCAACCAAUCCGACCGCGCGGCGCUGUACGAAGAGUUCAAGGCGCUGGAGAACCGUAUCCACGUGCGCGGCGAGGGCUGGGACCUCUCCCAGUUGGAGCUGGGCGAGUUCAUCGGCAACAAAACGUCUGCCGUCAUCGUCAACUUCGACGACAGAUGGCGCCAGAUGGACGGCGACCUGUUUCCCGGCAGCAAGCAGGGCUACAUCACGAGCGCCAUCUUCCCGACACGCCACCCCUGGACCGACACCGACCACAUCGACCACAUGGUGCAGCACCAAGUCAGCGAGUUCCGCAAGAACCGACCGGUGCCGCAGAGCCCGAUUCACAUUGCGGAAUGGAUCCUGACGCAGCAGGGCCUCGGGGCGGCGGUGCCCAUACGGCCCAUUACGGAGCUGGCGCUGUCUGCAUGGAGGACCUUGUUUCACGAGCUGUGGCUAUCGACAACCAGCAACUCUUAUCCUAACUGGAUAUCGGUGGACAAUGUGCGGGGGAAUCAGCUCAAGACGCUUGUCAUGGCUAUGAACCACUGUCUGGUGGCCAAGCAGUGUGGUGAUUUGGGUGGCAAGGUGGCGCUCGAAGAUGUGUAG